GUAAUAAAAUUGUUGGCACGACGUCGUUCGCUGGCUUUACUUUUUGUUCCCGAAUAGCAAAAAGCUGAAGUUUUCAGAGAUUUUGGAUACCUUCUUAUCACAAUAUUUACCAUAAAAUUUAUACAUACAUAUAAAUUUAAUAAUUCAAUAGCUAAUAUAUUAGUGCGAUAAAACUAAGACUUUGUGCUAAAGUAGGCCGAAAACGGUUGCUGAAGUCAUAAAAAAUUGACGACGUCAUCCACUGAUGUACUAGGUCUACUCGCCUACGAGUCUUCUCCUCGUUUUUGCAAAAAAAAAAAAAAAAAUACUUCGUGCAUUCACUUAUAUACGCGACUAUUUUUUCGUGUAUUUUGUAGUUAAAAUCAUGGCUCAGUAAAAAUGUCUCGCCUAAAAAUUAAUAAAGUGCAUAAAACUCCAUCUGGAGAAAUUUUCAUAAACUACAGUUCGCUGUCAAGGAAUUCCUUUAAUUUCAAGUUUCCAAACCAUCUUUACCCAGCUACUAGCUGCGCUUCAUCUAAAAUAUUUUUUAAUAACAAUGGAGAACAAAAAACCUCAAAACAUUUUUGCACGCUCAAAGGCGUGUCAACCAAUUGAUUCCUCACUACGCAAAUCGUCUUCAGAUUUACAAGUCAAUAAGUGUUUACCUCGUAAUUCCCGACGUCGAGAACAACCGUCAACAACUCGUAACGAUUCGCAGCGGAAUUCGAAGCAGUACUCUUCAGUUAAAGCGCGACCAAAUGUCGAUAAACGACCACGUCAACGUGGCGGCGGUACCGGUAGCAAUGUUAGCAACAGCAAUGAAGCUUUCAUUAUCGAAGACAAUCUUACAUGCGCGACUGAAGAUGUUUCUGCUACCAGCACCGGAUUAGCCACGGUAGUAGAGCCGGUGGUGACCGGUGCAUUGACCAAAAAAAAGUCUCAGCAAUAUGCGGACUACGAAUUGAACUCUGUGUACGCACCAGGGAGCAAAAAGCAGAAUUUGAAUCAUCUGCUCAAUUUUCAUUACGCUCCGCGUGACGCUGACAACGCUUUUAGUUUUAACGUUUUUGGCCGGAACGGUGGUAGUGGUUCAACUGUGGCCACAAAGCGACAUGGAGCCAGUAACGGGAGUAAACGCCAUCGUUAUAAUAAAGAGCAAUUCUUACAAGCUAAUUUUCAAUUUGUUGUGAAAUCUGGUAUUAAUAUGAGUGUCUAUUCAUCGCCUGACAAUUUAAUCGAUUGGAAUCUUAUUGAACAAAUUAAUAUUCAAACUGAAGAGGAGCCGCAAUGUCCCAUUUGCUUAUAUCCACCUAUUGCAGCGAAAUUAACUCGUUGUGGUCACGCAUAUUGCUGGCCAUGUAUUUUACAUUAUUUAGCGCUAAGUGAUAAGACUUGGCGCAAAUGUCCUAUUUGCUAUGAAGCUAUACAUACAGCUGAUUUGAAAAGUACUACGAUUGAACAACAACGUCAGUUCAGUAUUGGCGAUGAAAUUACGUUCCAUUUGAUGCGUCGCAAAAAAGGUUGCAUGAUGAUUGAGAAAUAUGAUGCUAAUACUCAUCAAAAUGCUAUGAAUAGCUAUCCAUUGAUUUCAGCCGAAAAUGAUUCAAAAAGUUUUUCAAAAUUCUUAAUUGCCAAUCGCAGUGACAUUUUAAAUAUAAUUGAUCGUGAGCAACGUGAAUUGGUUGCUGGCCAAGAUCCAACCAGUCCAGAAUACAUUUUCAUACAGCAAGCUUUGGACUUGCAAAAGGAACGACGAGAGAAAGUUGAAGAAAUGAAAGAGGAUAUAGAAGAACAUUCAAAUAAAGCUGCCAAUAAGCUUAAUGAAGAAAAUGAAAAUUAUGAAGAUGUUGAUGUAUUAGGUACUGAAAGCAUCAUUAGCAAUGAUGAUAAUUCGCUAAAUACUAGUAGUCUGGCGCUAUCCUCCGUGGAUAAUGAAGACAUUCAUACAAAAUAUUAUUAUUUUUACCAAUCUGUGGAUGGGCAAAAUAUUUUUUUGCAUCCUUUAAAUGUAAAAAUGCUACAAGCAUGUUAUGGUGCAUUAGAACACGCUCCUUUGGUAAUUAAUGCACGUGUAUUGCAAAAGGAGUAUCACUCAAUGGAUGAAGAACACCGCCGUAAAUUUACUUGCCUCGGUCAUUUACCACUAACAGCUCAGUUUGCAGUUAUUGAGGUCGAUAUGCAACCACCAUUUGUAUCUAAUGAGAUACUACGUCUAUUCAAAGACGAUAUUUUUAUGCGCAAGAAAGAACGCCAGCGUCGCGAACGCGAAGAACGUCGACGCGAAAAGCACAUAAACGAAAUUAAUGAUCGUCAAAUGGGAAAACUGAUUGCUAGCACAGCAAAUUUGAACUUAUCAUCCGCACAAGAGUUUCCAACAUGGGGCUUUGAAGAGGCACUUCCCGGCAGCAGCGCUACUGCGGAUAACAACACCAGCAACCCAAUUGCAUUACCCAAGACAAAAACUCAAGCAACUUAUUCAACUGUAGCUGUAGUUGGAGAAUCGCCAAACGUAAAAGAAUACUGGCCGACAUUGGCAUCGCCUGUCAGCAGCAGCAAUAACAUGUAUCAGGAAUUAUCAACUUGGGGUAAAAAUAUAUCCACUUCAAAACCUUUUGUGGCCAACACAGCCGUUACCAAUCGCACCAUAAGUUCUGGUCGCUCUAGUGAAUGUGAAUCGCUUGAUGGCUAUUUAGCCGAAAACAUUGGUUUCACAACACCAAUGCGUACAGAUUUAGGUGAUGUUCUUGCCAUGGCUAUAACACAAAAGAAGCAAGCUGUUACCGCGACAGCAAGCGCUGGUGGUAAAAAGAAUAAAAAGGCUAAAAAAAUGACGCCCCUCUUCUCCACUGGCAUAAACUAUGCUGGCAAAUAAAUACAUAUUAACAUUUUGAGUUAAUAUUGUUCAACCGUAAUGUGAACCUAUUUCAAAGUACUCUAUUUAAUUUCAAUAUUGAAAUGAAUUAUUUUUUCAUUUGGUUAUCCUUUGUUUGUAUGUGUUUGGAGUGAAUUAUUAAUUGAACAAACAUGAUAUAAUGCUAAAAUUCUGUUUUAAAAAUUGUGAACGAACCACAACUUGUAGACUAUUGAAUUUAAAAUUCGCUGCUAAUCGGAAUAAUAUAAUGCAUAGAUUGCGCCAUUUGUGCAUAUAUUACUGACAAUUAGAAUGCAAUAAACUCAACUAAUUGGCAAAAG